GCAGAGGAGCUCUUCCCCACUUCACACACACACACACCAGUCUCUUUUCUUUCUUUUCUUCUUGCUGGCUGGCUAUUAAUGCAAACUUUCAUUACUCACUCUCUUCCAUAUUCACCAAUUUCCCAUCUCAACUUCACCAAAACCCAAUCUUUUCAACCCUCCCUUUCUGUAUCAUUCACACACUAAAUCUCAACACUGGAGAUUUGCAUGAGAAUAUAAAGAUACAAACUUCAAGUAUGGAGGAUCACAAGUGUUUGUUUCAAGUAGUCAUUCCGGUUGAUGAGAUUGAUGAGUCGUCCGAAUUCAGUCAAGAAACACCACAUAAUAAGCACCCGAGAAAGCCAAAUCUUUCUUUAGAGAUCCCAUCAAGAAACAUGGAGAUCUCCCCUCAAGAAUUUGUUGAAAUGAAAAUGCCGCCCACUCCUACUCCCACUCCCAAGAAAGUGAAUUUCAUCUUGACGCCUAGCCCCACUGAUGCAAGAGCAAAUGCAUCUCCUGGUCCUUCAUCUUUUAAAGCUAAAUCUUCUAUGAAGCAACUCCUUCCAAAGAUGAGCUUCAAGUAUAAGAAUUCAAGUUCAGAUGCCGAGAGACCAAACAACAUUUUAUCAGGAGGGCCACAGGAGAAGUCUUCUAUGUCAAGAUCAUGGUCACUUACAAGGAUAUUUACACCUCGGAUGAAGAGGACGUCAUCCCUGCCUGUUACUCAAAUAUCACGCUCAAACUCAGAAAUCAUACGUGGUGGAAACUUGGGCAGCUCACUUAAUUUGGAGUUUAAAGGAUCACAGAAGCACAUAUCUCGGUCACUAUCAGUUCCUGAUCUAAACAAAGGGCCUACCAUUAGGCGAAUGGAUUCUUUUAUACGUGUGAUACCCUCAACUCCUCAAACGAGAGAUGGAAAUGACAAGAUAAUCAAUACAGAUGCAAAUGGAGAUGAUGAAAAUAAUGAAGUUGAUGCUGAAGAUAUACCAGAAGAAGAGGCUGUUUGCAGAAUCUGUAUGGUUGAAUUAUGUGAAGGUGGUGAAACCCUCAAGAUGGAAUGCAAAUGUAAAGGUGAACUUGCAUUAGCUCAUCAAGAAUGUGCUGUGAAAUGGUUUAGCAUCAAAGGAAACAAAACUUGUGAAGUGUGUAAGCAUGAGGUUCAGAAUCUACCUGUUACCCUUCUAAGGAUUCAAAGCGUACAAAAUCGACUUAUUUCCGCAAAUAGAGCUCCAGCCAUGGAAGUUAAUGGAUUCAGUGAUGUCUACAGGGUUUGGCAGGAGCUACCAAUUCUUGUUAUUGUCAGCAUGCUUGCCUACUUUUGUUUUCUUGAGCAACUUCUGGUUGCAAAUAUGGGUACGGGUGCAAUAGCACUCUCACUUCCAUUUUCUUGUGUGCUAGGUUUCCUUUCAUCUAUGACCUCUUCAACCAUGGUAAAAAGAAGAUUCGUCUGGCUAUAUGCAUCCAUUCAAUUCGCAUUUGUGGUUAUAUUUGCACAUUUUUUCUUCAGUGUGGUUCAUGUACAACCAGUUUUAUCAAUUCUUCUAGCAACAUUUGCGGGACUCGGGGUUGCAAUGAGUGGAAGUUCUAUUAUUGUUGAGUUUUUAAGAUGGAAGAGACGACGAGAAGCGGCAGCUGAUCUUUAUAACAAUUUGCAGACCGCUGAUCAACGUACUCAAACUGUAACGCCAUCUAACGUGGUUCCUCAGGACACAUAAAGUAAUGACUUGAAACUCUUGAAGCUGUGUAAAAAGGUGCUAUGUUGGAGCAGCUCAGUUAAAAAGCCAUUUAUCUUCAACAGAGAAAAUGGAGUGAAAGAUAACAAGAAUUUUUGUUGGACUUUGCGCAGUCAAUGUUAGAGCUAGGUUUUGUACAUUAUGAACUUGUGGUAGCAGUUUAGAUUGUUUUGCACAAUACUGGUUGACAGUGAAUUUAGACGAUAUACAGCAAUUUGUUGUUGAAUUAUCUAUAAAACUUGGUUCUAGUUAUUUCUUUUAUAA